CUGGCCGCAUGCUAAAAUGGUGAUCGUUGUAUUGAAAAAAAAAAAUGAAUGCCACAUGUUUUUCUGAAGCGCUAGAAAUAAACAAUAUAAGUAAUGACAAAUAUUUGUAACUGUUGCAACAAUGGUGUAUAAUAGUAUAAAUCAUUAUUUGCAACACAUUGAAUCUGCUUGGAUUGGAAAGGAUGGACAUACAUGUGCUAAGUUGCUGUCGUGCAGGGACAGCCAUGCCACUAGCUCGAAGCUUCAGCUGGAGAAACCAGAGUCAUCGGUGGAGAAAAUGCUGGAGCAACCGCUGGAUGAGAUAGUGGCUGCACACUUGAGGUGCCUGUGGGCCGUCGCGAAGGAGGACCCAGUGGAGGCCAGCAGGUGCCAGAUGAUGGUGGUGCAGGCGUUCAGCAAGGCGCUGCAGCAGCAGAAGGAGGAGAACUGGUCCCUCCCGGUGAUGUACACCGUCUGCCUGGACCUGCGGCUGUUGGCCAUCAGUGCAGACGCCUUCCUCUCCUCCAAGGAGCACAAGAGGAAGAAGGUGCAUCUGGAGAAGGCUGCCGAGUGCCUCAUGGCCUGCUUCAGGAUCUGCGCUGCCGACAAUCGCAGUGCUGAAGAACUAUCGAAGCGAUGGGGAAUGCUGAUGCUAGUCAACCAGAUGUUCAAGGUGUACUUCCACAUCAACAAACUGCACCUCUGCAAGCCGAUAAUCCGUGCCAUUGAAGCACUGCCGCUGAAGGAUCAUUUCAGUGUGGGCCAGUUGGUCACGUAUCGUUACUACGUAGGACGCAAGGCCAUGUUUGAUUGCGACUACAAGUCAGCUGAUACUUAUCUGACAUUUGCUUUUGAAAGGUGUCACAAAUCAAGCUGGAAGAAUAAACGAAUGAUCCUUAUAUACCUUGUACCUGUUAAAAUGAUGCGGGGCUUCAUGCCCUCCAAGAGAGUGCUGGAGAAGUACGAGCUGAUGCAGUUCUGGGAAGUCGCAGAGGCCGUGAAGAAGGGCAACUUGAAGGCUCUGGCAGCCACCAUGGAGAAGCACGAGCCCUUCUUCGUCAGCUACGGCAUCUUCCUUAUACUCGAAAAGCUCAAGGUCAAUGCCUACAGGAGCCUCUUCAAGAAAGUAUGCCUAAUGAUAAACACCCACCAGAUACCUAUCGACACCUUGCUCCAAGCGAUGCUCAUCAUGGGUGAGAAAGAUGCUGAUCUGGAUGAAACCCAGUGCAUCGUAGCAAACCUCAUAUACGAGGGCAAGAUUAAGGGCUACAUCUCGCACCAGCACCAGAAGCUGGUUGUCAGCAAACAGAAUGCAUUUCCAGUGUUAAGUACUGUGUGAUGAAUGCCAAGGUUAAGGUUCUCCUGGAACACUAUUUUAAUGAAGAAAUGUGAAUGCUAUGCCAUUUAUGCUAGUGGUUGCCAAAUGAAUGCAUAGUUUUCAACCACUGAAAGUACUUUCCAUUAGAAAAUCCUGGAACAUUCAAACAGCUAAAAUUAAGUAACAGCAAAGCCAAUUGAAAACUUAAUCAUAGGUAUCUAAAACUAAAGCAUAAUAUAAUUUAAAAAUAACUUCUUUUUUUUUUUUUCAAUUUUAUACAAAUUGUUUGUACUUUGUUUCCUUGAUGUGUAAUUAUAGUUUAGUUUUGUUGUUUAGAUUUGUUUUGUCAGUAUAUAUGCUAAGUGAAAAUCACUAUUUCAUGCAUGGAAUUAGAAAAUAAUUUUACAUGAUUGUCAAUUAUGUAUGUGACUGCAGCUAGCCAGGCAGUUAAGUUAUCUGGCUUGUUUUAGUAUAAUUUUAUGUCAUAUUUAGAGGUACUAUUUACAAAUCCUAAAUAUGACAUAAUGAACGUUACUUGGACCCGUGCAAAUAGCAAUUUUUAAUUACUUCUGAUAAUUGAGAUGGAAAGACUUAAAUAAUUUACUUUUAGCAGAAAACCAAAUUAAUAGUACUAUUGCUGUUUGGUUAGCAGCAUUUAAACUCAAAAUAAAUAAUAAUUGCAGAAAAUAUAAGCCCUAUCAAGAA